AUGUCUCAAUCAAGCUCAAUACUAGGUAGCGUCUCCAUCCUCGGUGCCGGCAAUGAAGCUUCCCGCCGGAUUCUCACCCAGGAUGCCGUUGAGUUUCUCGUCAUUCUCCAUCGUUCCUUCGAGUCAACUCGCAAGCGUCUGCUGGAGCUCCGUGUUCAGCGUCAGAUUGAAAUAGACAAUGGGCGCCUACCAGAUUUCCUACCAGAAACCCAGCACAUCCGUGACGACAAGAAAUGGAAGGGCGCCGCGCCUGCGCCAGGCUUGGUUGACCGCAGGGUUGAAAUCACCGGUCCCACAGAUAGAAAGAUGGUUGUCAACGCGCUCAACUCUGAUGUGUGGGCUUAUAUGGCCGAUUUCGAAGAUUCCAACGGUCCAACGUGGGACAACAUGAUUUACGGCCAACUCAACUUGUAUGACGCCAUCCGUCGCCAAGUCGAUUUCCGGCUCGGAGAGAAGGAGUACAAGCUCAGAACCGACCGCGCUCUUCCAACGUUGAUAGCUAGAACGCGCGGCUGGCACCUGGACGAGAAACAUUUUACCGUCGACGGGGAGCCCAUUUCCGGCGCUCUUUUCGAUUUUGGGCUGUACUUCUUCCACAAUGCCAAGGAGCUCAUCUCCCGUGGGGCUGGUCCUUACUUUUAUCUGCCCAAGAUGGAGUCCCAUCUUGAGGCGCGGUUGUGGAACGACGUUUUCAACAUGGCCCAGGACUACGUUGGUAUCCCGAGGGGUACGAUUCGCGGUACUGUUCUGAUUGAGACUAUCACGGCUGUUUUUGAAAUGGAUGAGAUCAUCUACGAACUUAGAGACCACAGCUCGGGCCUCAACUGCGGCAGAUGGGACUAUAUCUUUACCUUCCUCAAGCGCUUCCGCAACCGCCCUGGUUUCAUUCUCCCCGACCGCUCCGACGUCACUAUGACCGUCCCCUUCAUGGAUGCCUACGUUAAGCUGCUAAUCAGUACAUGCCACAAGCGUGGUGUGCAUGCCAUGGGCGGCAUGGCAGCCCUCAUCCCCAGGAAGGACGACCCGGCGGCCAACGCCAAGGCGAUGGACAGCGUGCGUGCCGACAAACUUCGUGAAGUCAAAGCCGGGCAUGAUGGAACAUGGGUUGCCCACCCUGCGCUGGCUUCCAUCGCAAGUGAGGUCUUCAACGAGCACAUGCCUACCGCAAACCAAAUUUUUAUUCGAACUGAGGUGGAUGUCAAACGCGAUGACCUCCUCAACCCCGUUGUCCCUGGCAAUAUCACUGAUGAUGGUGUGAGGAAGAACCUGCACAUUACUCUGGCAUAUAUGGAGGGUUGGCUGCGUGGCGUUGGCUGCAGCGCAAUCAACUAUUUGAUGGAGGAUGCCGCCACCGCCGAGGUGUCGCGCUCGCAACUCUGGCAGUGGGUCCGUCACGGCGUCAGUACUGCGGAGGGCACGAAACUCGACAAGGCGACGAUGCUCAACAUACUCGACAACGUCACGAAAGAACUGAUCAAGUCCGCGCCCGCUAAUAACAAGUACGAGUUGGCGGCCAAGUACCUACGGCCGCAAGUGACAGGUGAGGAUUAUGCCGACUUUCUUACCACUUUGCUUUACGAUGAAAUCACGUCCAUUGGUCCAUCCUGGAAGCUUUAG